AUGGACAACAGACUGUUCCUCACCGCCCUUGUUGUGACACUGUCCUGGAUAUCUUUGGGCACCAAUGCUCAAAACAUAACAGCAGGAAACAACAUGACAACAGCAGGAAACAACAUGACAACAGCAGGAAACAACAUGACAACAGCAGGAAACAACGGGACAACAGCAGCGGGCAACAGCGCGACGACAGCAGCGGGCAACAGCGCGACGACGCGCGACGACGGCAGCGGCAACAGCGCGACGACGGCAGCGGCUAACAGCGCGACGACGGCAGCGGGCAACAGCGCGACGACGGCAGCGGGCAACAGCGCGACGACGGCAGCGGGCAGCAGCGCGACGACGGCAGCGGGCAGCAGCGCGACGACGGCAGCGGGCAGCAGCGCGACGACGGCAGCGGGCAGCAGCGCGACGACGGCAGCGGGCAGCAGCGCGACGACGGCAGCGGGCAGCAGCGCGACGACGGCAGCGGGCAACAGCGCGACGACAGCAGCGGGCAACAGCGCGACGACAGCAGCGGGCAACAGCGCGACGACAGCAGCGGGCAACAGCGCGACGACAGCAGCGGGUAACAGCGCGACGACAGCAGCGGGCAACAGUGUAACAACAGCAGCGGGUAACAGCGCGACGACAGCAGCGGGUAACAGCGUGACGACAGCAGCGGGUAACAGCGUGACAACAGCAGCGGGCAACAGCGUGACAACAGCAGCUCCCCCACUGACACCUAACACCACGGUGGAAAUUCUUGCGACACCCGUUUCUAAGGCACAAUGUGGGACGCAACAGCUCUGUGCGGCUCAGCCCUCACAGUGCGACCCCUCUACAACAGGAUCAUGUUUCUUUCUAGCUGCCAAACAGAUAAGCGGUAACAACUUUGAGUUCGGGCUCUCAGGAGUGUCAGAUGGCUACAUUGCUGCCUCCCUUUCACCUGGCAGCACAGAGGUAGUAAAUGCCACGACCUACGUCUGUGCAAACAACAAGGGUGUUGUGAAAUUCUUCAGCACGCUCCUCAACAAUGGUCAACUGAUUCAGACAGAGCUGAAUGUGAACUCUGUGAAGGGCAGUGUCAUUGGAAAUAAAAUUCAGUGUACAUUUGCUGCCACUGUACCACCCCCAAGUACUAAAGCAGGAAGUUACACUCUCCAGAUCGCCACUGGAUCUUUCGACAGCACUUCUGGUCUUCUGGGAGUCCCCAAAGCCCAAUUAAAGGGCACUGUUCCAGACCUGGCAAAUGCUACCACCACCGUCACCAACACCAUUUCCAGCAGCACCACUACACUCCAGCAAUCUAUGACGCAAGCUAUGAUGAUCACUGUGGCUGCGCUAGGUCUGGCCAUGCUAUGAGAAACCUGAAAUCCCUGUGUUCCAAGACAAGGAAACCAUACCUUCCCUAUUCAUAAUUGUGUGCUACCGUAUAUAAAAGACCUCACAGGUGGAUAACUAUAUCAUGUCAGAAUAUUAUGAUCAUGCUUUGUUUUGUGUACACUUACUGCCGUUGAAAUGAGUAGUGGUGGAGGGAGGAGACUCUUCUACAGCCUCCUGACUGCUUUUACAUCUGUGAAGGCUCUGAAACAAACAGGUUAUUUAAUUUUGAGGAGCUUUUAAUUUAAUGUUAAAUCCCGUUUUGUUUACAGUUUGGUUUUUUAAACCAUAGGACUGCUGGAUUUCUGUCCUAUAAGCUACUUAAUUAAAUACAAAUACAUUGACCAUCUGCCUGGGAUACAAAUGAGAAAAACUGUUAAUUGACUAUUAAAAACACAGUAAGCAAACAUCAAAUCAUAAUCAAAUGAACCACUACCUGGCUUUCACCAAUAGAUGUCAUGCCGUAUACAAAUGUGGGGUUUGGGGUCUGGUUACCUUGUAAGUCCACAUUGCUGCUGUCAAGCAAAAACGUCAUGACUUGGUAACUCCACAGAAACAUCAUAUGAAAAAAAUAUUAUUAAACUGCAAUGCCAGAAAAAUAUCUGAUAUCAAACUUUCAAAAGUGCAUUGAUGUAAAAUCUGUUUGGCAAAAAGCUAAGACACUAAUGAAGAACCUUUUGUUAAAGAUGC